AUGUCGGAGAAGGAAAAGAAAAAGCUUCUGUCAAAGCUUCAGCCAAUAUUUGAUAGCCUAUACAAUGUGGAAGAGAACGGUAUCCCAAUUGUUACUCAUUUUCAAACGUUGCCGUUGAGAACCGGCACAGAUUAUUACAAAAUUAUCAAGAAGCCACUUUCACUCCAUGCUGUUGGCAGGUCGAUCAAAAAACUCAAGUACUCCAAUGCCCAGGAAUUUAUCAACGAUUUGGCUUUGAUUUCAUGGAAUGCAAGAUAUUACAAUUUACCUGGCUCGGAUGUGUAUAGACAUGCUCAGUUAUUAACUGAUUUUAUAAAUGACUACGCGAUUGUCAAAUUGCGCAACGAAAAGGCUAUUCCAAAUGCGGCAAGUCUUACAUAUCCAUAUCUUGGUGAUUUGCCCGACGAGCGGGAGCAAGAUGGUUUAGUUUCAUACAAUAGUAAUCAACAAUCGCCAGUGGCCACAGCCAAUGCAUCACCAAUGCCAUUUCAGGAGAAUUCACCUAUAGUGAGACAAGAGGGUUAUAAUAUAAGUGCUACUCCACAACUUGAAGCUCAAGAAGUAGCUCCACUGGCAGCAGCAGCAGCAGCAGCAGCCGCAGGAAGAGGAGGAGCGGCACCAUUAACAUCCGAGCAAUUGCUAGCAAAUACAACUGCAACUGCAAGUGCCGCAGUAGCUGCAGCACUUGCCGUGAAUGGACAAUCUCCAGCAUCACCGUAUUCAAGGCAAUCCUCGUUCACUACACCAAAGAACAAGCAGGCAAAGACUUCAAACAUACACGUUGAAACUGGUAUUAGACGAGGGCGCCCACCAAUUAUCGAUAAACCUUUUGAGUCUAGAAUCAAAUUCAUUUUGAAAGGAUUCAAGAAAUUAAAGGAUGAUCACGAUCGUCCUUUGAUCAAGCAUUUUGAUAGACUUCCAGAUAGCAAAGUUUAUACUGACUAUUACCUGGUUAUAAAAAAUCCAAUGAGUUUAAACGAAAUUCGAGUAAAGGUUAGAUCAAGAAAAUACACAGACGUUGAUCAAUUCAUCAAUGACUUGGAUUUGAUGUUUGCUAACUUUCAGGAGUAUUUUCAACGCGAUCCCUAUAGCGAAGAGUUUACAGAUUACCAGCAAUUUAAAAAAGAGGCAAACACAAUCGUCCAGAAUGAGCUCAACAAAACAGAUAAAGAAGUACUUUUGGCCACUUCAUCCUCGAGUGAUGGUGUUUUGAGGUAUCCCUUGGAGUCUCUCGAGAUUAAUGGUUACUCUUACAAGAUUGGUGAUUGGGUUUUGAUGAAGAAUCCGGCAGACCUCGAAAAACCAAUUGUUGGUCAAAUCUUUAGAAUCUGGUCUACGGAAGAUGGGAAACGUUACUGUAACAUGUGUUGGUACUACAGACCCGAGCAAACUUGUCAUGGUGUUGAUAGAAUUUUUUUCCAAAACGAGGUGUGCAAGACUGGCCAAUAUCGCGAUCAUUUUGUUGAUGACAUUAUUGGACCAUGUUACGUGUUAUUUUUGACUCGGUACCAAAAGGGUGACUUGCCAGAAGGUGUUAUUCCAUCAUCGGCGCCUUGGUUUAUAUGUGAAUUUAGAUACAACGAGAACACACAUGUGUUUAAUCGUAUAAGGACAUGGAAAGCUUGUUUACCAGAUGAGGUGAGAGAAGAUCCCGAACAGCCUUUGAUCCCAUUGUCUGAGAAUCGUAAAUUGAUUAAGUACGAGUCACCCAUCAAGAACACUUUGGACCCUAAUUUGCGCAUUGGUGAUCCUAUUCCGGAUGCAACACCUGGAACUGCAACUUCUCCACCAUUACAAGGCUCUGUUUAUCUAACUGCACCUAUACCAAAUGAUGAUUUGGGACAAUAUACUACGAGUCCAAACACCGUGCAUUUGCCCGAGCACGAUGAUGUAAAAAACAAUCGUCGUGCAUUUUUGUUCACGCCAAUUUCACAAUUGAAAGGUGGUGGAGGAUCCACUAAUGCUGUGUAUGCCACUACACCGGGACUUCCACACGGUACUCCAAAUCACGAACCGGCUCGCAAUAUUCCUUCUUUGAACGUAGACACCUCAAAACCAACGCGAUUAGCCAGCUUAACACCAAGUGCAGUUGAAAACACGUUCAAUAAACCCAAGCCACAAGAAGAAAAACCACAGCUACCAACUAGUUAUAAGCUGUUGCAAGAGCAAAUACAGGAAAAUCAGGCCAAAAAGUUGAAAGAACAACAGUUGCUACAAUUUCAGCAACAGCAGCAGCAAAAACAACAACAAGAGCAGCAGCAACAACAACAACUACAGCAGCAACAACAGCAACAGCAUCAAAGACAACAACAACAACAACAGCAACAACAGCAAAAACAACAACAACAGCAGCAGCAGGCACUUAGAAGAUCAAACGCAUCUGCUGCAGUCGUUGCAUCUGCACGGGGCGGGGGUAUCAUUAACCCGACUCCAAACAAUUUUGUGCCAACGACUACGAACUAUCACGUUUCUGCUUCUGCUCAUUCUACAUUACAUACCGGAGGUGCACUUGCGUAUGGUGUUGAUGCAGACCUUGGUGACGUGGGUAGAUUGGUCAAUAAGAGGCAACGAUUAAACCCAGAAGGAGUUCUGGUGGACGACGUCAUUUUUUAUCGUGCACCACCAAUCCAAAUCACUGGUAGUAGAAUAAUUACUAAUCUGGGAGUUGAGUUGGGUCAUUCUGCAAAGUAUUUAGCUUGGAAGUUGAAAAAUGGCCAAUAG